UAAAAGUAUAAAUAAUACUCCCAGUAUUGCAAGCCGCCAUUGCCGCCGACUGCAUAGAGAAGAAGUGCACGCGGCGUCACGCAACCGUUGUUUUCACCCACUGUAAAAUCAAUUCGCGUUAUCUGCUUCAAAAUUAAGCACGAUUGAAAAUGGCAAACGCAGCAUCUGGAAUGGCAGUUCAUGAUGACUGCAAGUUGAGAUUCUUGGAAUUGAAGGCAAAAAGGACUUAUCGCUACAUUAUCUUUAAGAUAGAGGAGAAACAGAAGCAGGUUGUUGUUGAAAAAGUUGGUGAGCCAACUGAAACCUAUGAGGACUUCGCUGCCAGUGUCCCUGCUGAAGAAUGUCGCUAUUGCAUCUACGAUUUUGACUUUGUGACUGCAGAAAAUUGCCAGAAAAGCAAGAUUUUCUUUAUUGCUUGGUCUCCUGAUUCCUCAAGGAUCAGAAGCAAGAUGAUCUAUGCUAGUUCGAAGGACAGAUUCAAGAGGGAGCUGGACGGAAUUCAAGUUGAACUGCAAGCAACCGAUCCAACUGAAAUGGGCCUUGAUGUUAUUAAGGGUCGUGCUAUGUAAGUGAACAUUCGUAUGCAGUUGUUCCAUGCAAUGCAUACAGAUUGUUGGAUGGUAAAAUUGGGUAUAAGUAGUCGCCAAUUACUUGGUAUACUGUUUCUUAUAACUUGAUGCAAUUUAUGUGUGUUUUAGUAUAUGAUGUUUUAAAGUAUUGCAGUUGUAGUUUUAAUCUACAAGCUGAUAUUGUAACAAUCUGGGAGGUGUAAGACUGGCAUGUUUUGUUAUGAUAUGAUAUAUCUACAUUUUUUA